CUGGGAACACGUUGGUGGUAACGAUAGUGUGAAACACACAUCCUUGGAGUAAUGUCGUUCGCUGGCGAUCCUGUUUUCUCUGCUUGUACAACUGAUGGUCGUGAGUUGGAGUGUGCAUGUGUGGUUGUAGGCGCCGCCCUGGUGGUGCUGGUGAUCAUCUGCGCCUGUGUCUGCCUCAGGAGACAAGCGUCAGGUACUCUCGCUCCCAGGCCUCAGGUACACUAUAAGCACCAACCACCAGAAACUCAGAGUCCGGGUCCUGCCUCCACUGACCUCAGCUCUGCUCAUGUGAGUGACGAUUACAAAUCGGGUUCUGAAGGAGACCCCUCUCAGUCUACACAACCCCGCUUCUCCACACACGAGAGUGAGAAUAGCUUGUACUUGGAGUUCACUAACAAGCCUCGGUAGGAGAGAUCUCAGGUCUGAUGAGAGAGCGAGACAAGGGGAAAACAGUAUCAUAGGAAAUUACAAAAAAUGGAAAAAUCGGUGAUAAGGACGCCAUAAUAAGAAAACUAAAUCAGUGAAUAGGAACUGAUAAGAAAGAAAAUUAGAUCGGUGAAAAUGAACACUAGUUCAUUGCAUGGAAAAUCGCAAGGAAAGUGAGGGAGGUACAUACAAAGUCACAUGGAAGAAACAUGAUUUGUAUAUUGAAAACGACAAGAAAACGAGAUACCGUUGUCACGAGUUAAAAGAAAGAAAACGAAAUAUGUGUUUAAAUAUUCAUAAGAAGAAAAACGAGGUCAGUGCGUAAUAAAAUGCAUGAAAAACUAGUACUGUUCAAGAAAAUUUUAUGUAGACAAUAUAAACAGAGUGCUGAUGGAUCUGCCUGACUGCCUGUAUGUUCAACUUCUAUAAUGAAAAAUCAAUUUCAGUUACAUGAGCUUUCCUGCGUUCAUGCACUCAUUUUCAAAGGAACUACAAAAAUGUGGUGAUAGAUGGUAAGUUUAUUUAGGCACAGGUACACAUAUGUACAAUUAUCAUACAUAGUCUAAAUUACCAAGGAUAACCCCCAAAAAAGUCAGACAAAGUGACUUAUUUCCACUGGGGUCCUUGUUAAGAAUAAUUUGUCAUGGAGCAAAACUUACUGACAUGACGACCCGCCUAAAUGACAGCGGGCAUCCAGGACAUAUACACCGAUAGGCGUAUUUCUGACAGUGUGUGUAUAUAUGUUGAGAUUUUUACUGCCUGUUUUAGGGGUUAAAAUAUGCUUGUCUGAUGGUGAAGGUUGCGUGCAGCCUUAAUGACCUUAGUAUAAUCGAUAGGCUUUAAACUCCAUUAACUAAGAAGCAUACCCAUGCUGUGAAUGUACCUCAUUCAAAAAACGUAUACUGUCUUCCAGAGAAAAAGUAUAGGCAUUGUGCACUGCUUGAACGACCAUGUAAGUUAUCUUACUGUAGGGCUUAUUGUAGAGUUUGUGGUCACGUGGCUUUAUCAGUUCCGCCAUGUUGACGGGCGAACACGUUUUUCGAGUAAUAUAUAAUUUGUUUCACGGGAGGAGCGGUAAACCCAUAGGGGGACCUUUAGCGCCUUGGGGGAUAAUGGAAAGCAACCAAAGUCAAGGAAAAGGAGGGCAGCUCCAGUUCCUUGGAUCAAGAGCCUGUAACUAACUGGCCAGCUUUUGCUCCAAGGAAUUGGACUCAACCUCUCUUUUGACUGAGCCUGAUAUCUUUCUAUUCCCUCAGGCACUGCCCAACCCCUACGUGUUUAGCUCUUCCCCUAUAUAAUAAUUAUAAUUAUAAUAUAAUUAUUAUUAUUAUUAUUAUUACUAUAUCAGCAGACAGUUUGAUUAUCUUUGGUUGCCUGUACUCAUUAUUGCCUGUCCUAAUUAUUUGAUGUAAAAGUUCCGACUUCUGAAAGUAACGUGGUUAUAUAUGAGGCCAAACACAGGCACAAAUUAUUAAUAAAAAAUUCCUUCUCACGUAGGCCUCAGGAAGCUAACUCACAUGCACACACACACA